CGAGUUAAGCCUCCACCAAUUCACGACCAGUUCAAAGAUAACAUAGAACUAGAAGACAAUGGGCUAUAUAUAGAAGGUUUCAAUAGUAAUGAGUAUGAGGAGGAAAUUAAUGACGAAGAAGAAGAAGAGGAUGACGACGACAAUGAAUACGAGAUAGAGGAGGAAGGGUCAGCUAGCGCUGUACAGGCUGAUGAUAAGGAUGUUGAUAUGGAUGUUGAGUCUAAGUUUGAGGGAUUCUCUGAUAAUGACUAG